AUGGCCGGUGGAGGAUUUGUUGAAGAUGGUGGAGCAAGGGCUCAUCUCUAUGAGUACAGGAUCACUGGGUAUUUCAUCUUUGCUUGCAUUGUUGCUGCUCUUGGAGGAUCUCUUUUUGGCUAUGAUCUUGGUGUCUCUGGUGGGGUGACCUCCAUGGAUGAUUUCUUGAAGGAAUUCUUCCCCAAAGUGUAUCGAAGGAAACAAGCACAUCUCAAAGAAACAGAUUACUGUAAAUAUGACAAUCAGGUCCUAACUCUCUUUACAUCCUCUCUAUACUUGGCGGCUCUUUUCUCCACUUUUGGGGCUUCAUAUGUAACCAGAAAUAAAGGCAGGAGAGCUAGCAUCAUUUGUGGAUCCAUCAGUUUCUUUGCAGGAGCAAUCCUUAAUGCUUUUGCUCAGAAUAUCGCGAUGCUCAUCAUUGGGCGAAUGCUCCUUGGCGUUGGCAUUGGAUUUGGCAACCAAGCAGUUCCUUUGUAUCUUUCAGAAAUGGCACCUGCAAAGGUCAGAGGAGCAGUUAAUCAGCUGUUUCAACUUACAACCUGUUUGGGGAUCUUCAUAGCCAACUUCAUAAACUAUGGUGCCGAAAAGAUUCAUCCAUGGGGAUGGAGAUUAUCCCUUGGUUUAGCCACAGUUCCAGCAACUCUUAUGUUUGUUGGUGGACUUUUUCUUCCAGAGACACCCAACAGUCUAGUAGAACAAGGCAGAUUAGACGAAGGAAGGAAAGUGUUGGAGAAAGUUAGAGGUACCACAAAAGUUGAUGCAGAAUUUGCUGAUCUUAUUGAGGCAAGCAAAACAGCACAAGCCAUAAAGCACCCAUUCAGGAACCUGUUUGCACGGAAGAACCGUCCCCAGUUGGUAAUUGGAGGUUUGAUCCCAGCAUUCCAACAGCUCACUGGCAUGAACUCGAUUCUGUUCUAUGCCCCGGUCAUAUUUCAGAGCUUGGGCUUCGGUUCAGGGGCAUCUCUGUAUUCAUCCACCAUAACAAGUGGAACGCUUGUUUUGGCUACCUUCGUCUCAAUGGGUCUUGUUGACAAGUUAGGAAGAAGACUGCUCUUUCUGGAAGCUGGUUUUGAAAUGAUUGUCUGCAUGGUGAUAGUGGCCAUAACUCUGGCUGUGAACUUUGGCAAAGGAGAAUCACUCUCAAAAGGAAUUGGUGUCUUACUUGUUAUUGUAAUCUGCUUCUUCGUUUUCGCUUAUGGAAGGUCUUGGGGACCUCUGGGAUGGCUAGUUCCAAGUGAAAUCUUCCCUUUAGAAACAAGAUCAGCUGGCCAAAGCAUGGUGGUCUGCAACAACAUGAUCUUCACAGCCCUCAUUGCGCAGUGCUUCCUCGCGUCUCUCUGUCACCUCAAAUAUGGCAUUUUCUUGCUUUUCGCAGCCUUAAUUGUGAUCAUGAGCACCUUCAUCGCCUGCCUCUUGCCUGAAACGAAGCAGGUCCCGAUCGAGGAGAUACAUUUGCUGUGGCAGAAGCACUGGUACUGGAAGAGAUUCUGCGAGCCUGAGGAAAACGGACACGAAUUGGAUGGGAAAUCCGGGCAGAAUGACUAG